AACAGCUGAUUUCAACCGGCUUUAUUUACACUUUCAAUUCGCUCGCAAGUCGUCGGCAGCUCGGCUGUUUGAUCAAUAAUCCCCCGGAAUACUUCCAAUUCCGGAGGUGUUGAGACACCUUUCGUGUUUGCGGGACCAUUAUAUCACGCAAUCCCAUCGAGGACAUGCCAUCGCAUCGCGAUGACAAACUUUCUGGAUCAGUUGCCUAAGCAUAUCAGGGAAAUCGCGGAGCAGGUUAAUGUUCUGGCGCCGGAGGAGGUGCUGACCACCCCGAAGGUGCGGUUCCUGGACACCCGCCAGCAAUCGCUGCACUCAAUCGUGCGGAAAUGCACUCCGGAUGAUGUAAGGGUGCUCAAGGAUGCGGCGGCCAAAUGGCUGGCAGAGAUGCCCCAGUCAGCUGAUUCCCUCUUUAAGCCGCUUGUGAAUGUCAGAUGGUCCCGGGUGUCGUUCGGUUGUUCCGCUUUAGAUCGCUGCACGGGUGGCGGAGUGGUAGCUCGGGGAAUUACGGAACUCUGUGGAGCUGCCGGCGUGGGCAAAACCCAGUUGCUCCUUCAGCUGUGCUUAUGCGUUCAGCUGCCCCGUGAGCUGGGAGGCUUGGGCAAGGGCGUGGCCUACAUAUGCACGGAGAGCGCCUUUCCGGCGCGAAGAUUGCUGCAGAUGAGCAAAGCCUGCGAGAAGAGGCAUCCGCAAAUGCAGCUCAACUUUCUGGGAAACAUCUUUGUGGAAAAUCAUAUUGAGGCGGAACCCCUUCUGGCGUGCGUUAUAAACCGCAUCCCGCGUCUGAUGCAACAACAUGGCAUUGGCCUGAUCAUUAUUGAUUCUGUGGCCGCCGUAUUCCGGCUGUAUACCGAUUACUUGGAGCGAGCACGACACAUGCGUCGGCUGGCAGACGCUCUUCUCAGCUACGCGGAUAAGUACAACUGCGCCGUGGUCUGUGUGAAUCAGGUGGCCUCCAGGGACGGUCAGGAUGAGAUUCCCUGCUUGGGACUACAGUGGGCCCACCUGGGACGCACUAGACUGCGCGUUUCCCGCGUGCCCAAGCAACAUCGCAUGGGAGAUCAACUGAUAACGGUGCGCAAGCUGGAGAUCCUUUACUCACCAGAGACCCCCAAUGACUUCGCCGAGUUCCUUAUCACCGCAGAGGGCGUGGUGGAUGUUCCAGAGCCUCCUGUCAGCAGCCCACCCGCAAAAAUGCGUCGACUGUGAUUGAUCAAAUUUAUU